GAGAUUCCCGUAUUAGAUAUCGGCUUAAGUGACUUUGAUGUUUCCGCAGGUGUGGAUCCGGCAGCACGCCAGUGUCAUUCGACUCUUCGUUUCAGACAUCUGACGACGUACCAUUAUCAUCAUAUCCAGAGUCGGCUAUUCGCCAAAUUUUGGCGGAAAAUAACCUGGACUACGACCAAAUUCAGGCUUCUGCCUCCGCACAAAUGGCUGCUAACCAGAGCGCCUCGGGCUGUGGUGGUUCCCCAGUACCUGCGGUACCAGUGGCAAAUAACGGCGGAAAUGAACAGGGCCAACUAAACGCGAGGUGCCAGGCUUUGCGAGAUUUAACGGAGCGCUGGUUAGACGGUUUACAGUGCCUCCCUCGUCAGAGACUCCUGCUUCUUAAGGACAAUUGCUGGAUUGUGCCCAUUCCAUUUGUCGAGUGUCCCCUCGCGCCUUGUUGUACCGUGGACUGGCGUGAGGGUCUAUGUGUACCCGUGCAACACGUUCGUGUCUGUGUAACGAUGAUCUGCAUAACCCCGCAGCUGACCACCAUCAUUCAGUUCGAGGCUACCUUACCCGUCCGUUGUGGCUGUCGUGAGGUUGCUUAAGAAGUGGAUAAUGUAUGACCUGACAAGAAAAGUGGCGAAUCGUUUUAGAUUAUUAAUUCCAUUGCUAUGAUGUAUGAUGGAUCCAUAAAAGAAGAUUGAGCGCCCGAAGAGAUAGCUUGUCUGAACCAGUUAUCUAAUAAAAUGAACCAAAAUGGUUAACAUG